AUGGCUGCAACACAUCUCAAAAAAGUUGGGACACGGCCAUGUGUACUAUUGUGUAGUAUCCCCUUUUCUUUUAACAACAGUCUGUGAAUAUCUGGGAGGUGAGGACACCAGGCCCCGUUUUGGCAGCACAGACUCUAAUAUAUGGUCCAGAUCUAUCCAAAUAUAUCCUCAAACUCUCCGGUAGUUUUCUAGGAAGGUUUCAAGUAUAUUUUUAUUCUUUUCUGUUUGUUUUUUUUCUGUUUACUGCUUUAUUAAAUUCCUAGCUAUUUAAUCAUUUGAGACUUAUUUGCUUAGCCAAUCCAUACGGCACACCACUGACUGAUUAUCGCCACUAAGCACAUGAAUACAUACCACAUGUUGAGUAAAUAGAAAUGGAAGGUAUUUACAUCUGGAUCUGAUACACGACGUAGGAGAUAGCAUUAUUUGUAACAGAAUACAACAUUUAUAUGAGCUGAAGUAUUGGAACAGAUUGGCUUAAAAUAGAUUAAAGUGAAUAAAACUUAAUAUUUAGUGCCUAAUCCUUUUCUUGCACGAACUGCAUCAAGCCUGCGACCCACUGACAUCACUAACCUUCUUCAUUCUUCUUUUGUGAUGCUUUUCCAGGCUUUCACCACAGCCUCUUUCAGUUGUUGUUUGUUUUGGGGGCUUCCUCCCUUCAGUCUCCUCUUUAGCAGGUAAAAUUCAUGCUCUGUAGGGUUUAGGUCUGGAGAUUCACUUGGCCAGUCUAAAACCUUCGACUUCUUACCCCGAUGAGCUCCUUUGUUGUUUUGGCAGUGUGUUCUGGGUCAUUAUCUUUCAUUAUCUUGGUUGCAUCUUUCUUUAAAUUGGCAGACUAAAUGUUUCUGUAGACGUCUGAGUUCAUUUCUGCAGCCAUCAUGUGUUACAUCAUCAGUGAAGAUUAAUGAGCUUGUCCCAGAAGAAGCCAUGCAAGCCCAAGCCAUGACAUUACCUCCACUGUUUCACAGAUGAACCUGUAUGUUUGGGACCAUGAGCAGAUCCUUUCUUUCUCCAAACUUUAGCCUUUCCAUCACUUUAGUAAAGGUUCAUCUCAGAAUUUUUGAGACUCAUCUUUGUACUUUUUUGGCAAAUUCCAGCCUGGCCUUCCAGUUCUUCUCUCUAAUGGUUUCAAUCUUCUGAUGUAGCCUCUGUACUUGAGUUCGUGAAAUCUUCUGAAAACAGUAGAUGGGGAUACCUUCAUUCCUGCCCUCUGGAGGUUGUUGCUGAUGUGUAAUAGGACACACCUGGACAUCAAACACACCUGUCAGUCACAUGUUCCAAAAUUUUUGCUCACGUGAAAAUGGAUGGGUUCAAACAAAGGGUGCUAUCUUCUAAGUUGUGUAUCAGAUCCUGAUCUAAAUAUCUGGAAAUGAAAGCUGAAAUGGUGGCCUCGCAUACGGGCCAGUCUUGUGAACAUGAUAUCUCUAAAAGGAUAUAUUUCCAUCAAACUUUGCACAAAUGAUUUCUAGGUCAGAGUUCUUUGAGCCUCAUGGUCAGCUGUUGUUGACCACAUCUGUACCACAGAAUCCACCCAGUCCCCCCCUUCACCCACAGCUGUACUUUCACUGUCUGAUCAGUUGAAACUGGUGUAUAACAGACAGGGGCUUAGUUUUAUUUCACAGAAGCCUCUCUGUUACACCAGAUAGCAUAAACUAACAAGCCUCCUAUGCAAAUAAACACAUCAUAGAGACUCCAUGCAUGCAAAAGUGGAAAAAUAAAGUUAAUGAACAACCAAAGUUGACAUUUAAUCAGCUUCAGUCACAGACAAGAGGAUUGAACAGACGAUGAUGGAUAAUUUCCUUGUGAGCAUCAUCGCUGCAUCAGGUAAGUGAAUAUUUAUGUUAAAAAACCUAAUUUCCUAAUUUCACUGUUAGUCCAAGUCCAGUACAGCUUACUGAAUCAGAUUUCUACCAGCAUGAUGGAAAAAGUCUUUAUCACAUUCUUAAGGUUUUAUGACUGUGAACUGAAGCUCAUUCAUAAAUACUGUAGGGGGUUUCUAUCCCACCACUGUGCUUCUCUCCUCUGCAGGACUGUGUGCCGUUCUCUGUCAUGCUGAGCGUCGGUAUCAUUUUGUUUAUGAGGAGAAGAACAUGGCCGAGGCUCGGAGCUACUGCAGAGAGAAAUACACAGACCUGGCCACCAUAGACCACAUGAACGACAUGAAGAUCCUGAAAGACAUGGCAGAUUUAAGCAAAAUGGUCUACUCAGAGUUCAGCUACCGAGCCUGGAUCGGUCUGUACGAUGUGAACAGCUGGAGGUGGUCUCUGACUGACAGAAGCUUCUACAAACCUGGAGAGAGCGAGUUCAGAAACUGGAACCAUGAAGAGCCUGAUAACAAAGGUGGUGUAGAGCACUGUGUGAAUGUGUGGAAAGACGGACACUGGGUCGACGUACCGUGUGGAUUAAAGUACAAGCCAGUCUGCAUGAUCAUCACAGGGUCUAAUGUGACAUUUGUCCUGGGUCACACCACCAUGACUUGGUCCGAGGCCCAGAGCUACUGCAGAGAAAACUACACAGACCUGGCCAGUGUGAGGAACAUGGAAGACAACCAGGAGAUAACGAAACUGCUUCCUCCUGGAGAGGUUGCCUGGAUCGACCUCAACAGGGAGUCCUGGAAGUGGACUGAUGGGAGCAACUCCACAUUUCGAUACUGGAAACGGUCAACAGAUGAACCCAAUAACAACUCCAAAAAUGAGACAUGCGUGUCGGCUGACUUUAAAAGCAGCGGUGAAUGGGAGGACUGGCCAUGCCGCUACAAGAGAGCGUUCAUCUGUUACAGCAUCCCAGCGGUCAAACGAGUGAUCAAAGUGAGGUUGGUGAAACACGGCUCCACUCUGGAUCCGAACGACCCUGCAGUGUUGGAGGACGUCCUAAACCAGCUCAGACAGAAUCUGAAGGACAGCGUGGUGAAAGGAGACGUCAGACUGAGCUGGAAGAAGCAGCCGGAGGGAAAGGUGUUUCACAAAGAGGAGACGAAGAAGAAGAGGAGGCCGAGGAAGAGGAGAUGGAUCACAAAAAGAGAUGAGCUCUAA